AUGGUGGGGCUGAGAAACCGCUCUACAUGGGAACCACUGCUACUCAAAGCCUCCUGCAUCAAAUCUUGUGCUAAUGGUUGCUCCAUGGGCAUCACUGCGCACCUUACCUAUGCCAACGCUGACAUAGAGUCUGUAGAAGGUGUGUUCAUAUACCCUCUCGGUGAAAAGGAGGUUGUGGUGGGCUUUGAAGCCGUGAUCGCAGGCCGGUUGGUUGGGGUCCAGAUCCAAAGCCGAGGAAAGUUAAAGGACUGCUGUUUGGACUGCUGCCCUGGAGUUGGUCUUGAAGGGAAUGGCCUGGAGUGGGGCUGCUGUGGGAGCCCCAGUCUAGACAUGCAAUGCACCAACGGACAUCUGAUCCUGGAUGAGGACCUGGAGAGAACCACUUUCAUCGUGGGCACCGGAGUCAUUGGCCCCAUGGAUAUAGUGUCGAUCAUCAUAAGCACGACACUAGAACUUCCCACAUUAGAAAACGGAGCCAUUCGGAUCGUCUACCCCACACUCCUUACCCCGCUUGUCACUGGGAAAAUGACUCCAAGCAAGAGUGAAAGUGGAGGGAAGUCUGAUGAAACUGGGGCGACCAGUUGUUUUGGUGCCACCUCAGGAAAACAAGAUCGGAUCGUGCACUCUCAGCAGCAGUGUGCGCACGCCAUCUUCACCAGCCCAGCUGUCAACCUGGCACCUUAUGAGCUGAACUUCCAGCUGCUGGUCAGAGGGGCCUGUCUACUGGCUGGACUGGAGAGCCCUACUCACGCUCUGAGGGCAGAUGCAGAUCCAAGUGCCCAAAGUGCCUCUGCCACCUACAUCACCUUGGCACAGGAGCAUCCCUAUGACAGACACAUAGAGAUUAUUUUGCACCUCAGCGAACCUCACAGCCCCUUGGUCAUCUUAGAGAGAGGCAGGCUCUCCUUCAGCCAAUAUGAACAGCAAAUCUGCUCCCGUCGAGAUUUCAUCCGAUGCACCCGCAAGGAUUCAGAACCUGAAAGAAAGCUGGAGUUUGUCAGGAAGCGAUACCACAAAGACAUUCUGUGCAGCCCCGUGUUGAUGCUCAAUUUCUGCCCCGACUUGCUGCGUGAACCUCUGGAAGUGCACAAAGCCACCAGGGAGCUGCUGUUUCUCAUUGAUCGCAGUGGCAGCAUGAGUGGCGCCAACAUCCAGCGUGUGAAAGAAGCCAUGGUGGUGGCACUCAAGAGUCUACCUUCUGGCACAAUGCUCAACAUUGUGGGAUUUGGUACCACCAUCAAGCCCCUGUUCACCUCCAGCAAGCUUUGCACUGAUGUCACACUAACUCGGGCCUACGAGUACGUCCAAAGGAUGAGAGCUGACAUGCGAGGCACCAACCUGCUGGGGGCGCUCUUCUGGGUCUAUCAACAGCCCAUGCAGCGCUCGUACCCUCGCCAGGUCUUUAUUAUUACAGAUGGAUCCAUCAGCAAUGUAGCUAGAGUGCUGGAGCUAGUACGCAGAAACGCGUGUGCUGGCAGAUGCUUUGGCUUAGGCCUUGGUCCACGAGCCUGCAGGAGACUCCUGCAGGGCGUUGCCAAACUGACAGGAGGGACUACAGAGUUCUUGGAUGAUGAGGAGAGACUCCAGCCCAAGUUAAUCAAGUCCCUGAAGAAGGCCUUUGAACCUGUUCUGACUGACGUACGGAUCGACUGGUAUCUGCCAGAAAACAUGGAAGCUCUUCUUACACCCAAUGAAAUCCCUCCACUCUACCCCGGGAAUCGCCUCAUAGGAUACUGCACGCUUUACGACAUGACCAGUUUCAAAGCAAAAAAGGCAGAGGAACAGAGCUACAAAGAUUUACUUCGUGGUUCUACGGGUUCAGUUUUUGGCCAGUCGAACGAUGAGCUUUCACCUCCUCCUGCCUCUGAGCUCAUGCCUGUGGUGACAUGUGCAGAUGGCACUGAGUUGGAGGAAGCACUGAGGGAAAUUUCUAGAGAGAUAUCCUCUGAGUUCUCCUGUGCCAAAGACACAGACACAGGCACCAGUCCAGGUGUGGAGUUGGACUGGUCCAGCGAUGUGAGGAAGAGGAUCCAGGAGAGCUCUUACAUUCAGGAGCAGUACAUCCUCACUCGCUGCUCACUCAGCAGUGAACGAAGUCUGCAAACGCAGUCCCACUCUCACAUACAUGCCUCAAAUUCUGACGGGGCCUUUCUCUCCAGCUGUCACUGCUCUGGUCCAGUGCUCGAUACAGGGUCUCUGCCCCAAGGCCUCGAGAAGAUGCCCCCUCCAGAACAGAGAUCAGCCCUGUCUCGCUGGGCAGACUCAUCGUGGCAGCAAGACCUUUCAGUCAAAUCCCCAGACAGCGGGACCAAAAAAAACGGGUGUCUGGAUGGAGCUGAGGAGUCUCGUAGGAGACAAAAAGCACUAGCACGUUCGACGAUGGCAGCGCGAAGUUUUUCGUCCCCCCAGGGUGAAUUAGAGAUGCAUCGGCUGAGAAGGGCUCUGGAGAGGGUCUCCUUUGACCAAACACUGGGAGGGAAGCUGGAAGAAAGUGACGGGGAGACAAAGCCAACACCACGAGGGACAGCGUCCCACAGAAGCCUCACCGACUCCAAUGGACUCUUGUUUCCCGCCUCCCCUCUGGACUGGGACAGUUUCACAGAUCCAGAGUAUCUCUUCGCUGCUGUCCCGCCUGACAGUCCUCCCCCAGGCCAGUGCCGUUCCCUUAUUCAUGGUGUCCUGAGUGGCAGGCCUGUGUCCUGGGAGGUCACUGUAGACCUGGGGCACCUCUGGACCCCUGAGAGUCAGGACAUUGAAGUAAGUGGGGUAUAUGGAAGGGGAGGUGAAGAAGGAAGAGGAGGGAAAUCGUGGCAGGAGAUCAUUCACCAACUGACCGCUCGCUCAGUUAUAAGAGACUUUGAGAAAAUGGCAGAGAAAGAGAGCGACAUUGGACAUGGCUCAGCGAAGCGAUAUCGUACAAAGGCUAUCCAGACAAGUAAGCACUGUAACAUCAUCUGUAUGUACACAGCCUUCACCACCACUGACAGCAAUCCCAACAAAGGCUUGGCUGACAUGGAUGUGCAAACCACAGGGCUACAUUUGGGAAACAGGCAGGCUUUUCAGUCAGGCAUUCGUAGGCAGAGGACUUAUUCUGUAGGUCUGGGCAGACGGCACACCACUGGAGACAGUGCAGAGGUGGAAGACACCUGGAACUCUACAGGUGUAGGGGGCAGCUCCUACUACACUACAGCCAUGGCAACAGGCGCCCAGAGCACUCGCUCACAGCGAUCUAUAGAGAGCAAGUCAAUGGAGAGCUUCUUUGGCACCAGGUUCCCGCUGGGCAGGCUCAGGUCCUCCAUUUCAUCAGGAAAGCAGGUGCCUGUCAAGUCCCACUGCUUAUCUGCCGAGACUGAGAAACAUCCUGAAAGUGAAGCUCCAGACUACCUGCCCCUGGUUCGUCUGCAGCUGGCAUCAGGAGCUUUUCUUCUGACUGAGAUCUACUCUGACUGUGUCCAGAUUCCUCUGGACCGCCUUAAAAGAGCAUCGCCAUACAGUCUCCACCGCCGUAGUCUCAGCCCAGCCUUACGCUGCACAUCUCCCAGUGCUCCAUCCUUGUCCACUAGUGCCAAACCUCCUGGUGCUCCCUCUGGUCACCACGUUACCUUCUCUCCUUCCGCUUGCUCCUUUGUCAGACCAGCCAUUCCACCUUUCCACCACACUCCAGAAGAUACUCCCCUAAUUUUGGAAUCGAGGCUUCGCCGAAGAUACCUCUCUGAACAAGACCCCGUCACCUCUCCCACUGACCUCCCCAGCUCUGAAGAGGGUUCUUUGGAGUUAUCCAUCAGCCCCUUUCAGAACCAGAACCUCGGCCAAGCAGACAGUGGCCGUGGGUCAGAGACAGAUAUAUAUGAAGGCUCUACACCUGAGCAAGCUUACCUCCAAGGGAGCAGCCAGUUGGCUCAAGAGGAUCUGGAGGGCUCAACUUGGGCCACAGCUGUGGCCCUAGCGUGGCUAGAGCACCGGUGUGCCGGCUACUUUAUGGAGUGGGAACUGGUAGCAGCAAAAGCAGACUCAUGGCUGCGCUGUCAGAAGCUGCCCGAGGGACUGGACAUGGCAGGGCUUAAGGGAGCAGCCAGACAGCUGUUCCUGCUGCUGCGCCACUGGGAUGAGAACAUUCAGCUGAACAUGCUGUGUUAUAACCCAAAUAAUAUGUGA